UGGGAUUCCAUAUUUUUUGAGGGUCACACAUUUUCGUGCAGGAGCUUAAUACUUUGCAAAAUUGCUUGAAGCAGGAAUGGCGAAGUCGAGCAGGAUCCUGAUAAAAGGGGGUAAAGUUGUGAAUGAGGACUGCUCCGCCGUCAGCGACGUCUACAUUGAAGAUGGGAAAAUUAUCGAAGUCGGUCCAAACCUUCAGGUCCCGUCAGGAGCGCGCGUCAUUGAUGCCAAGGAUAAGCUGGUGAUACCGGGCGGCAUUGACACCCACACUCAUAUGGAGCUGGCAUUCAUGGGCACUAAAGCAGUGGAUGACUUCCACAUCGGUACAAAGGCUGCUCUGGCAGGUGGGACCACUAUGAUCCUGGACUUUGCCAUUCCUCAAAAAGGCAAGUCUCUCUUGGAGGCCUACGACCGCUGGCGCAGCACAGCCGACCCAAAGGUUUGCUGCGACUACUCGCUGCAUAUGGCCGUCACCUGGUGGAGUGACGAGGUGAAGAGAGAGAUGGAGACCUUGACCAAAGAGAAAGGGAUCAAUUCCUUCAAGAUGUUUAUGGCCUAUAAGGAUGUGUUCAUGCUGCAUGACUCAGAAUUAUACGCUGCCUUCUCCCAGUGUAAGGAGAUUGGAGCUAUAGCUCAAGUGCAUGCUGAGAACGGAGACCUCAUUGCAGAGGGGGCUAAGAGGAUGCUGUCCAUGGGCAUCACAGGGCCAGAGGGCCACGAGCUGUGUCGGCCAGAGCAGGUGGAGGCCGAAGCCACCCAGCGAGCCAUCACCAUCGCCCACACUGUCAACUGCCCGCUGUAUGUGGUCCACGUCAUGAGCAAGUCUGCCGCCAAGGUGGUGGCCAACGCACGCAGAGACGGGCGUGUGGUGUUUGGGGAGCCCAUUGCAGCUGGACUGGGCACUGAUGGGACUCACUACUGGGACAAGGACUGGGCUCAUGCUGCCAGCUUUGUCAUGGGUCCUCCCCUCAGACCUGACCCCAGCACCCCUGGAUACCUCAUGGACCUGCUGGCCAACAAUGAUCUCAGUGUGACGGGAACGGACAACUGCACCUUUUCUGUGUGCCAGAAGGCCCUGGGCAAGGACGACUUCACCAAGAUCCCAAACGGAGUGAAUGGUGUGGAGGACAGGAUGUCUGUCAUCUGGGAGAAGGGGGUGCACAGUGGCAAAAUGGACGAAAAUCGAUUUGUAGCUGUCACCAGCAGCAACGCAGCAAAAAUCUUCAACUUCUACCCCCAGAAAGGCCGCAUCGCCAAGGACUCUGAUGCUGAUGUGGUUAUAUGGGACCCCAAGUUGACAAGGAAGAUAUCAGCCAAAACACACCACCAGGCCGUGGAUUACAACAUCUUCGAGGGAAUGGUGUGCCACGGCGUCCCUGUGGUCACCAUCUCCAGAGGUAAAGUGGUGUAUGAGAAUGGUCAGCUAAACGUGAGGCCAGGGGACGGCAGAUUCAUCCACAGGCAGCCCUUCUCCGACUUUGUUUAUAAGCGGGUCAACCAGAGAGAACAGGUGGGGAAACCGACAGCUGUGAUCAGAAAGCCCUACGAAGGAAAAGUCAUAGCUAUAUGAGCGGCUGACCCAGAACAUGAUAGACCAAAGCUCAACGUGCUAGAGAUACUCGCCUGGUCAGAGUGAUUUUUACUGCUUCACUUUGUUCCAGCUCAGACAUUAUGCAGUGAUUUAAAUCAGUGUGUGUGGUAAGGAUGGUGGGGGGCAGGUCAACUCUGAUCAACACUCAGGUCAGUGCUCCCCUGACAGAUAAUACAUUUGCUGCAUUUGCUCAAUUCUGUGAGGCAUUAUGUCAUGUUUCCAGGUCAGCUCUGCUUAUUACACAGGUCACUGGGACCCACUCUAUUGCCAAAAAGUAUAU